AUGGUUGAGAAGGCGCCGCCCCGUCCGAUCUGCCAAGUUGAGCAACGUCGGGCUCGGUUAGUCGCUGGAUCGAUGCCUGAGGAAGACCAUUCACAGCCAACCCAAGAAACAAUCGUCGUCAUGGGAUCUCCGGCCAUCGGCUCUCCAGUCCUCGUCAGAAACCAAGCCAUGCCUCACUCGCCCGACAAUCUCAAUGGCACCAUCGCCACCCGCCUCGCUUCUCCUGAACCUUCGCGAAGCCCAGCUAUGUCUCCACCACCGCCAGCAGCCGUGCCAAACCCUCCUGUGCAAAAUGCUGCCCCAACCGGAUCAAAUCUCGCCUACCCCGGCGAGUUGGAAGCCAAAAUCAGUCGCGAAAAUCCAAGAGAACGAUCCAGAAAA